AUGGCCAAGGGCGCCGCUUCCAAGCCUCGGAGAGCGGCCAAGGUGAUGAAAACGCCCAAACAGGGCGCAGAUGCGACCAAGGCGCACGGCGCAGUGGCCCGCUUCAUUGAGCGGAAGCUCUCGCACAUUCUUGAGUCCAGGAUUAAGACGCUUCGCGACGCCGAGGGACAGUCCAUCGCCACCUAUGCGGAGAAGGAAAUGCGCAGGAGGAGGGUCCACCAGGGGCGGCUGAGUGGGCAAUUCCUGCAGCAGUUGUACGCAGACUUCCAGCUGGAAGCUGGCACGUGGGAUGACUUCCCGCCGCCCGCAGAGGACGGCGUCCUGAACGAGGAGCUCCAGGAUCUCGUGAUGCAGUGCCACGACGAGAACAAGGUGACGCGAGAUGCGAAGCCCCUAUGCUGCUACUUGGAGACGCGCGGCGAGCUGGACGAGGCCAACGACCACUUUUUGUUGAAGAGCAGCCUCCCAGGCCCAAUGCUGGAUGCCACGAACUCUCGGAACAUCCACGUCGCAAUAUUGGGAUACAUCGCUCGUUUUGGCCUGGAUGCGAAGUUCAAGGCGUAUUGGGAUGUCGUCGCCAGCGAGUUGGACAACAGCUGGAAGCACUGCUUCGAGGACGCCGUGGCCGAGGGAGCUCGCAUGAAUAACUUCCUCAAGAGCAGGCAGGGCAUCAUGAAGCUCUUCUUGGACAACCGCGUCGUGGACGCCCUCGCGAAGGCCGACGGCGAGUACUCCCAGUGCUGCGAGGAGAUCCGCGCCGUGAUGGUGAGCAACUGCAUGACAGGGAGGGCCAUGUUCCGGGACAAGUGGCUCUCCUGCGCGAACACUCUCUUCAAGGAGGAGUGCGUUCGCCAGCUGCGAAGCCUAGAGCACAACGACUUCGACGCCGACGAGGUCGCGGGCUACACGAGCACACUGAACCAGCGGGCCGCUGAGUUAAGGAAGUUGGCGGGCAAGAAGAAGAAACCAAUGAGCUACGUGUUCGAGCUGUACUGCGCGACCCUGGACGCCAUGGAAGUGGGCGGCCCUCGGGGCGCAGCGCUGUUCGUGCUGAAGAACCGCAUGGCCACCAUCGCCGUCAACAACGGCCAGCUGACGCCCUUGUGGUGGGAGCGGCUGCUACUCGACAUCGGCAGGGUCGAGCAUUGCCCCACGGCGCUGCAAGUUCCUGACGAGUGGAUCGGCAAGCUGACGCCGGCCCGCGACUGCGCGGAAUAUAUGCUGAAGGACGCGGGCACUUUGGAGGGCGUCAUCAAGAAAGUCACCAGCAAGACGAAGACGCUCCUCGACGUGGACCGCAACUUCAAGUGCCACAUCCAGUUCCUCACGAAGCACGUUCCUGGGCUCCUUCGGGCCAAGCUGGACCGAAAGGUAUUGCAGGCCAUGCCCAAUGCUGGCACGGGUGCCAAGUUCGACGAGACGCUGGAACUGCUGAAUGCCGCGCGCGGGUCCGAGCUUGCAGCCGCGCUCGGCGAGACGGCGUGCGAAGAGCUGUCCGGCAUCUACGACGUCGUUCGCGGGGUUAGCCUCGGCCGGCCCCCGCUGGACAAGGGCGCGAAAACAUUCAGCAAGCUCGCGAAGGACGUCCUGGCCCGCGCCUCGUCUUUUUGCGAGUGCAAGUUCACGCAGUCAGAGAUGCGGGCGCGAGGGAAGCACGCCGCCCCUGCGGUCUACGGCGCCGAGGCCCUGCAGCACAUGUUCAAGCAGCUGGAGGACAAGCACGGGGGCGACGGCGCGACGGUGGACGCGGAGGCCCUGCGGCCAGUCAAGCGCUUCAAGUGGCUGCUCGAGGAUGGGCAGAAGGUCGUGUUCUCGAAGUGGCUGCGCGACGCCUUGCCGACGGUUGUCAGCGCCGCGCCGAAGCCCAUCGCAGACGGCAAGGUCGACGACAAGGGCGAGGAGGAGAAGAAGCCCGCCGUCGCGAAGGCUCCGUCGGGCUCCAGCUCCAGCAAGGGCCCUGCUGGCGCGCCGAGCUCCUCCUCCAGCGCAGCGGGUGCAGAGCAGAAGAAGGCAUCCAAUGCGAAGAAGCAGGCGCUGCUUCAGGGGCUCUUCAAGCGCGCCGAGGGCCCCAGGGCAAAGCCCUGA